AUGGUGCAUCUCACCUUGCUUUCAUAAUGACACUAGAGGAGUCUGUCCAGCACGUUGUCAUGGCUGCUAUUCAAGAGCUAAUGAGCAAAGAAAUAACGGGCUUUGUAAGCGACUUGCCUGGUGAUCUGGAACAACAGCUGAAAAGAGCAUCAGAAGAACUUAAUGAAGUGCUAGCAGAAAAAGAAGAACUGAAGCAAAGAUGUCAAGAACUAGACCUACAGGUGGCCGCCCUUCAAGAAGAAAAGAGCAGUUUGAUGUCUGAAAAUGAGAUCAUGAAUGACAGAUUGGACCAGUUGGAUGGUUCUCUUGAUGAUACAAAUACUGCAGUUGCAAAGAAGUAUUUCAAUGCACAGAUGCAACUAGAACAACUACAAGAAGAAAAUUUCAGGCUUGAAACUGCAAAAGAUGAUUAUCGUGUUCACUGUGAAGAACUUGAAAAACAACUGGUUGAACUUCAACAUCGAAAUGAUGAAUUGACCUCUCUAGCAGAAGAAUCUAGGGCUCUAAAAGAUGAAAUUGAUGUUCUUAGGACAGUUGCUGACAAGACAAACAAGCUGGAAUCGACUGUUGAGGUUUAUCGUAAAAAACUGGAAGAUCUGAAUGACUUUCGCAGACAGGUGAAAUCUCUUCAGGAAACAAACAUGAUGUAUAUGCAUAAUACCGUUAGCCUGGAAGAAGAGCUAAAGAAAGCCAACGCAGCCCGUGCACAGCUAGAAACUUACAAAAGGCAGGUCCAAGAACUUCAUAACAAACUCUCUGAAGAAUCCAAAAGAGCUGACACACUGGCGUUUGAACAGAAGAGACUUGAAGAGAAGCAUGAAGCAUUAAUCAAAGAGAAAGAGCGAUUGAUAGUUCAGCGUGAUGCACUGAAAGAGACAAAUGAAGAGCUUAGGUGUUCACAAAUGCAGCAGGAUCACCUGAACCAAACAGAUGCAUCUGCAGUGAAAAGUCAUGAAAAUCUUGCUGCCGAAAUUCUGCCAGUGGAAUACAGAGAAAUGUUCAUUCGGCUACAGCAUGAAAACAAGAUGCUCCACUUGCAGCAAGAGGGAUCAGAAAAUGAACGGAUUGUAGAGCUUCAGGAGAAACUAGAACAAAAGCAUCGGACAAUAAAUGAAUUAGAGACUGAAAACAGGCUGAGCAAGGAGCGUAAUGGAGAGCUGCAGCAGCAGAUUGAGGACCUCCAGAAGACCUUGCAGGAGCAAGAAUCCAGGACAGAAGGGGAAGGGUCCAGCAAAUGGAAGCAGAAGAUAGCAGCUCAGAUGGAGAAGUUGAGUGAAGUCCAUGAUGAGUUGCAGAAGAAGGAGGCUCUUCUUGCAGACCUCCAGCCAGAUCUAAAUCAAAAUGCACAGCACAUUGAAGAAUUGGAAGCAGCUUUACAUAAGAAAGAUGAAGAUAUGAAGUCAAUGGAGGAGAGGUAUAAGAUGUACUUGGAAAAAGCAAGAAGUGUGAUAAAAACUUUGGACCCCAAAUUAAAUCCUGCAUCUGCUGAAAUCAUGUUGCUGAGAAAACAGCUGACAGAGAAGGAUAAAAGAAUUGAAGCACUUGAGGGAGAGUGUAAAUUGGCCAAGCUACAUGACCAUGAAGAGAAGUUAAUUGUGUCUGCAUGGUACAACAAGAGUUUAGCGUUUCAUAAACUGGGCAUGGAAUCCAGACUCCUAAGUGGGAGCACUGCCUACAAAGACGCUGGUUCCUGCCUACCUGGUCGCUCUUUCCUUGCACAGCAACGGCAUGUGACCAAUACCCGAAGGAAUGUCUCUGUUAAAGUACCUCCUGCAACAUCAGAUUAAACCACAGAGGAUAUUCGUGCACUAAAGUGUCCUGAACUUAUUUUGUAACUUUUGUUUUAAACUACCUGACAAAGAAUGAGAUUGUGAUGCUGUGCAUCAGCUAUUUUACGUAUGGGACUCCUAUGCUGGUAAAUUCAAUUUGGCCAGCUGAUUAUAAGAAGCAAUGUGUAUCUAAUUACUUUUCUUGAUUCUAAAUAAGACUUAAG